GAGAGGAGAGGGAGAGGGCCAGCUAGGAAAGGCUAGGAAGAGUGGCUGGUAGCCUGGAAUCCCUUGAAGAGAGCUAGCAGAGGAAGCAUCUUCGAAGCUAAUGAACUAGAAAGAGUAGGGGAGACUGAGACUGACCGGUAGCCAGCUAGGCAGACGGACGCAUGCCCAGACAGACAGAAGGCUCUGGAGAACCUAUAGGUUCUUUUUCCCUUCUUUUUUUUUGAAAAGCAAGAUUUUGAUUUUUCAGUGGCGCCCAAGAGAGAAUGCUGGACUCUGCUACCUUCAGCUCAAGCUAAGAUUUCUCAGCUAGGGAAGAAAGAUCAGCCCAGUCCUGAGAGGGGGAGGGAAGCAAAAGCCCCUGCCUCCAACCCCCUUCCCUCCCCCGGACCAAAGUAGGGGGACAAACCCAGACCUUCCCUAACCAUCUGACUUCCUCCUUUCCUUUUUAGCAUGGUGGCUGUAUGGACAGUCUGACAGAACAGAGAUUGACAUCUCCCAAUCUGCCGGCCCCCCACCUGGAACACUACAGUGUUCUGCAUUGCACCAUGACCCUGGAUGUGCAAACUGUAGUCGUUUUUGCCGUUAUUGUAGUCCUCCUGCUUGUCAAUGUCAUACUCAUGUUUUUCUUGGGAACGCGCUGA